AUGACCAAAUCGUUCAGUGAGAGCGGGCUGACGGGGGAGCCCCAGCCCCAGGGUCCCCCGAGCUGGACUGACGACUGCGUCAGUUCCCAGGACGAGGAACACGAGGCGGAGAAGAAAGAGGGAGACUUGGAAGCUCUGCACGUCGAGGCCGAGGUGGACUCCCUGAAAAACGGCGAGGAAGAGGAGGAAGAGGAGGAAGAAGACGACCUGGAAGAAGAGGAGGAGGAGGAGGAGGGGGAAGAGGAGGAGGAGGAGGAGGAGGAAGAGGACGAUCAAAAGCCCAAGAGGCGCGGCCCCAAGAAGAAGAAGAUGACCAAGGCUCGCCUGGAGAGGUUCAAGCUGAGGCGCAUGAAGGCCAACGCCCGGGAGCGGAACCGCAUGCACGGACUCAACGCAGCCCUGGACAACCUGCGCAAGGUAGUGCCUUGCUACUCCAAGACGCAGAAGCUCUCCAAGAUCGAGACCCUGCGCUUGGCCAAGAACUACAUCUGGGCCCUCUCCGAGAUCCUGCGCUCUGGCAAGAGCCCCGAUCUGGUCUCUUUCGUGCAGACCCUCUGCAAGGGCUUGUCGCAGCCCACCACCAACCUGGUGGCCGGCUGCCUCCAGCUCAACCCGCGGACUUUCCUGCCGGAACAGAGCCAGGACUUGCCGCCCCACAUGCAGCCCUCUGGUGCUUCCUUCCCGGGCCACCCUUACGCCUACCAGUCGCCCGGGCUUCCCAGUCCGCCUUACGGCACCAUGGACAGCUCCCACAUCUUCCACGUCAAGGCGCCGCACUCGUACGGGGCGGCUCUGGAGCCCUUCUUCGAAAGCGCCCUGGCCGACUGCGCCAGCCCUGCCUUCGACGGGCCCCUCAGCCCGCCGCUCAGCGUCAACGGGAACUUCUCUUUCAAACACGAACCUUCCAACGAGUUUGAGAAAAAUUAUGCCUUUACCAUGCACUAUCCCGCCGCUAGCCUGGCGGGGGCCUCGGGCCACGGAUCCAUCUUCUCUUGUUCCGCCUCUCGCUGCGAGAUCCCCAUUGACAACCUCGUGCCCUACGAGAGCCAUGCCCACCACGAGCGCAUCAUGAGUGCCCAGCUCAACGCCAUGUUUCACGACUAA